AUAUUCUGGAGCAAGAGCUCAAUGAGGAAAUGUUGGUGCCAAGAUCCCUUCCAGAACCUUGCAUCACCAAUGACAUUCUGGGGAGAGAGCUCAAUGAGGAAACGUCGGUGCCAGGAUCCCUUCCAGAACCUCACGUCCCCACUGAUAUUAUGGAGCAAGAGCUCAAUGAGGAAACGUCGGUGCCAAGAUCCCUUCCAGAACCUUGCAUCCACACUGAUAUUCUGGAGGGAGAACUCAAUGAGGCAACUUCAGUGCCAGGAUCCCUUCCAGCUUCUCAUGGCCCUGCUGCAUGUCUCCGCUCCCCUGGGUCCGGUUCAUUAUCAUCUUCUGCCUCGCUGGAAGUUGGCUCCAUCCCACCCUCCACCUCCACCUCUUCUUUCCUCCUGCAUCCCUCUUCCCCUCCUCCUUCUUCCCCACAUCCUCUAGAGCUGGAACUCAGCAAUGUAAAAGAAAUCCUGGAGAGUUUGAUGGAUUUGCAAUUCCAUCAGCUGAAUGACCGCCAAAGACACCUCCGCAUCUGCCAGGGAUGUUUGCAAAACCUCAAGGCACUGAGGGGAGAUCUCCGAAGACUGCAGAGCAGACUGACAAGGGUGGAAGCCACUAUGGGGAUCCUGGUUCCUCCAAGGGAGCUGGAUGUUGAGGAGGAAAAAGAGGAAGACAAAAACCAGAUAGUGCUUCAUCCAUAGGUAGCAAUAAAAUGCUGAAUAUUUAUUUAUUUAAAAAUAUUAAACAUUUGUUUUAAUAGGAUAGGAUGUAGAGAUAAAACAGCA